GCCUUUCUGGGGCCUGGGGGAUCCUCUUGCACUAGUGGGUGGAGAGAAGCGCCUGCAGCCAACCAGGGUCAGGCUGUGCUCACAGUUUCCUCUGGCGGCAUGUAAAGACUCCACAAAGGAGUUGGGAGUUCAAAUGAGGCUGCUGCAGACGGCCUGAGGAUGGACCCCAAGCCCUGAGUGGUGCUGCCUGAGCCCCCGGACCCCAGAGCAUGGCACUGAGGCAGCUGCCUGCGCAGCUGUGAGGGAAAGCAGGCUGUGAGCAGCCCCAGCAGGACCCCUGGCCAGCCCCAUCCCCUGCCAGAGCCCUGCUGUGGAGGGCUGAGCCCCAGAGGAUAGUGGGGCAGGGCUGCAGGGCAGCUGGUCGGCCGGGCUACGACUCGGGAACCCUUCCUGGAGGCCAUGGACAGGCUGCCCCGCUGACGGCCAAGGUGAAGCAUGUGAGGAGCUGCUCUGGGAGCCAAGAGGAGGGAAGAGGCUUUCAGAGAUUCUACUCACAAAGAACAAUCACCAUUUUGCAAAGACCAUGAAGCCACUGUGCGUGACAUGCUGGUGGCUGGGACUGCUGGCUGCCGUGGGAGCUGCUGCCGGCCAGGAGGAUGGAUUUGAGGGCACUGAGGAGGGCUCUCCAAGAGAGUUCAUUUACCUGAACAGGUACAAGCGGGCCGGUGAGUCCCAGGACAAAUGCACCUACACCUUCAUCGUGCCCCAGCAACGGGUCACAGGUGCCAUCUGCGUCAACUCCAAGGAGCCCGAGGUGCUCCUGGAGAACCGAGUGCACAAGCAGGAGCUGGAGCUGCUCAACAACGAGCUGCUCAAGCAGAAGCGGCAGAUCGAGACGCUGCAGCAGCUGGUGGAGGUGGACGGCGGCAUCGUCAGUGAGGUGAAGCUGCUGCGCAAGGAGAGCCGCAACAUGAACUCGCGGGUGACGCAGCUCUACAUGCAGCUCCUGCACGAGAUCAUCCGCAAGCGGGACAACGCGCUGGAGCUCUCGCAGCUGGAGAACAGGAUCCUGAACCAGACAGCAGACAUGCUGCAGCUGGCCAGCAAGUACAAGGACCUGGAGCACAAAUACCAGCACCUGGCCACGCUGGCCCACAACCAGUCAGAGAUCAUCGCGCAGCUCGAGGAGCACUGCCAGAGGGUGCCUGCAGCCAGGCCUGUGCCCCAGCCACCACCUGCUACCCCGCCCCGGGUCUACCAGCCACCCACCUACAAUCGCAUCAUCAACCAGAUCUCCACCAAUGAGAUCCAGAGUGACCAGAACUUGAAGGUGCUGCCUCCCCCUCUGCCCACCAUGCCCACCCUCACCAGUCUCCCGUCCUCCACAGACAAGCCGUCGGGCCCAUGGAGAGACUGCCUGCAGGCCCUGGAGGAUGGUCAUGACACCAGCUCCAUCUACCUGGUGAAGCCAGAGAAUACCAACCGCCUCAUGCAGGUGUGGUGUGACCAGAGGCACGACCCUGGAGGCUGGACCGUCAUCCAGAGACGGCUGGACGGUUCUGUCAACUUCUUUAGGAACUGGGAGACAUAUAAGCAAGGGUUCGGGAACAUUGAUGGUGAGUACUGGCUGGGCCUCGAGAACAUUUACUGGCUGACGAACCAAGGCAACUACAAACUGCUGGUGACCAUGGAGGACUGGUCUGGCCGCAAGGUCUUUGCAGAAUAUGCCAGCUUCCGCCUGGAGCCUGAGAGCGAGUAUUACAAGCUGCGGCUGGGGCGCUACCACGGCAACGCAGGCGACUCCUUCACCUGGCACAACGGCAAGCAGUUCACCACGCUGGACAGAGACCACGAUGUCUACACAGGAAACUGUGCCCACUACCAGAAGGGAGGCUGGUGGUAUAACGCCUGUGCCCACUCCAACCUCAAUGGCGUCUGGUACCGCGGGGGCCACUACCGGAGCCGUUACCAGGAUGGGGUCUAUUGGGCUGAGUUCCGAGGAGGCUCCUACUCGCUCAAGAAAGUGGUGAUGAUGAUCCGGCCGAAUCCCAACACCUUCCAUUAAGCCAGCCCUCUCCUGACCUCUCACAGCCAGUGCCAGGCACCCACCCUGGCCACCCUGGCCCCAGCACAAAGAGCAACACCUCACCAGUUCAUCUUGGGGCUGAGAGGACUGGGAUCCGGAUUCUGUUUUCCCCAGUCACUGCAGCAGAUAAUGGAACAGAACUGAUACAGUGUUCUCUGAGAGCUACACUGGCCAUAUAGAUAACAUACCCACAGUUUUGUAUCUCCUACUUUUCUUCAUCCCAGACAGCCCCUCAUGUUUCCAGGACAGGACUGCAGACAACUCUUUCUUUAAAUAAAUUAAGUCCCUACAAUAAAAACACAACUGCAAGAUACCUUCAUAAUAUACAUGUGUAUGAGCCUCCCUUGUGCACUAAUGUGUAUACCACAUAUAUAUGCAUUUAGACACAUAUCACAUAUAUGUGAUAUAGCUAGAUACAUAUAUAUGUUUGCCUUAUAUACUGAAACACACAUAUAUUCAGUUCUCAGAUGUAGAAGCUGUUACCAACAGCUCUGCUCUUAGGAAAAGAGCUUUUCAUUACUGUUGUGUUACUUGAGCCGAAGGGCAGAUCACAGACUGUAUAGUCUUGACUCAAUAAUCCUUGGCAUCUGCGUGGCUGGACUCUUCCAGGAAUUUCUACAAUGCUAAUCUCUCACAGAGGGGUUCCUGGCUUCCUCUCUUAAGAACCCCUUUGGGCACCUAACCAAAUUUCAAAGUCCCCCUCCCUUUCCACUUUUACUUUCUCUGUCCUCAGGACUUUUCUCCAUCUACCCACCCACUCACUCAUCCAUUCAACACCAUUUAUUCAGUGCCCUCUGGGGACCAGUCCGGGGCCACUCCACACAGUUCAAGGGCCCUCCUGCUCUGCCGUAUUCCUUGUCUACCUGCUCUUCGCCUUUUUUGUCACACAGUCCUUUCUCUUCAGGCAAGAUUCCUCAGCCUCUAAUAGGAAACAGUCUGAGCUUCGGGUUUCUGGUCAGGAAAGGGGAGGCCAGACCAAGAGCUACAGCGGCCAUAUAGAUAACAUAGGCACAGUUUGGCAUCUUCCAUUCCUACUUUAGCCUACAUGUCAUAUUAACUUUCUCACAAAUAAUAACCUACCUUGCCAGGAGAUAUUCAUUUGAAGAGAAGUCACCAGAUUGUCGGGGCCCCCAAAUGGCUACAGACCAGAGGUCCCACGCUCUCAGGCCAGCUGGAACCUGCAUCUCAUCCCCAUACUGUACUUUCCUGGAGAACAGGUGCCACAGAAAGGAGAACUGGCCACUGCUCAUGAGUUACUGAACAAUUUGGGGUCACUGGACCCCUUAGUUGGUACGUUGCAACAUGGUGGCUUUCUGAGUCGUGUCAGCCACUAGGUAUCAGCCUCGGUACUCCCAAGACUAUUGCCAAGACAGACGGCUAGGGAUGAGUCAAGAAGGUGAGACCCUCCCAUGGGCAUGUGGGCACAUGAGCCAGGACGUGCGAGAUGGUGGACGUUUGGUACUGUCCAUAUCUGGGUGUGUGCCUAUUACCUCAGCAUUUCUCACAAAGUGUACCAUGUAGCAUGUUUUAUGUAUAUAAAAGGGAGGGGUUUUUAAAAAUAUAUUCUCAGAUUAUCUUUGUAAUGAUACAAAUCUGCAAUAAAAGCCAUCAGCGCUAUCUGGAUAUAUCUA